CUUAAAAAUUAUUUAAUAAAAUGGCUUCUGCAUUUCCAAAAUUACCAGGUUUUGUUCCAACUUAAGAAUUGGAUGUAAAUUUAACAUAUAUCAAAGAAACCGAACUUUCGAAAAGUGUCUGCAGUAAAAUAAGAGUAAAAUAGAGAAAUAGUAAGAAAUUGAAGUUUUACAAUAUAUUAGAAACAACAGCCAAAUAUAGAAUACCCAGUACCUAGAAAAUAGCCUAUUUAAAUUCCCCCUUAAACUGGAAUGUUUAAUCCAGAUUACUUAAGUACAACACAUGCUAUGCACAUGCCAAAAGUACUUAGAUAAAAAUAUUAAUAAGAAUGUAACAAACGAUUCUGAAGAGCUUUAUUAGCCAAGUUGGGUAAAGAUGGAUAGACAUGUUUUGAGAUUCAGUGGUUAUUUUAAAGAAGCAGUGGUUGAAUCAGCUUUAGAGAAUUACAGAAUUCGCAAAAUAACAUUAUUUUACUAUUUAGAGGAUCACUCAUUAAGUAUGACAGAACCAAAAUAAGAAAAUAGUGGAGUUCCUUAAGGGGCAUUUUUGAAAAGAUAAAAAGUAAGAUUAUAUUAAUAAUGUAAAGGUGUUAAGAGCUGAUGGUUCCAAGACAUUUAUUAUGCCAGAAGACUUGAGAAUAAAUCAAGAUAUUGAGAUAUUUGGUAAAACAAUUAGAUUAUAUGAUUGUGACUAAUACACUAGAGAAUUUUAUGAAGUUUGAUCAUCUACUAUAUAUGAUAGGGAAUAGGUUAACCUUAAUCAGCAUCCUUUGAUCCAGGCAGUGAUUCUUUUGAGACUAAGACUAUGACAAAAUAUAUACCUUAAAAAGACACAGUUAUGAAGGAUUAUUUAGAACACAAAUUAGGUGGAGGUAAAGUGACAUCAUAAAAAUAAUUUUUAGAAAAUGAUAGAAAAGUAAAUUUAAAUAUCAAAUUUUUAGGUGCUUAAAUUUUAUGUAUUCUCUGAUAUAGAUUAUGUAUUACAUUAUUAUUUGGCUGAUGACACUAUUGAAAUUAAAGAAAUCAAUUCAGCAAAUUCUGGUCGGGUUCCAUUUCCAAUGAUGUUGAGAAGAUAAAAAUUACCUCGUAAAUUCUCACUUAAUCAACCUGGUUAAACUUAUGCUGAAGAUUUUAUUAGACCUUAAGACAUUCAAUUUGGAUAACCAUUAAUUAUUUACAAUAGAAAAUUUUUAAUUAAAGGUUGUGAUCCCUUCACUAGAUAUUAUUAUUAAGAAAAAUUUAAUGUUGAUUUUCCUUUAGGAGGUUAAGAAGAAUACUAAUAAGAAUAAAGAUCAAGUAUUUAUUCUACUUAUUUUAGAUAUCAUUAUUCCUCCUCAUAAUGGUAUUGGAGAUGAAUAAGAUUCAUUAGGUUAUAUUUAUAGGCUUUAACCAAAACCUCCAAAAAAAGAUUUCUUCAAGUGGGUUGAUAAUCAAGUUAAUUUAAGAUUUUUGGCUAUGUUUAAUACUACUAAACCUGAAGAUAAAGACAGGUAAGUUAUUCAAUUUCAAUAUAGAGUAUUUGUUAUAACAUACUUUUUAAAUGAUGAUAGCUUAUUGGUGUAUGAACCAACUGUUAGAAAUUCAGGAAUUCCAGAUGGUAAAUUCUUAGAAAAAAGAAAAUAUAAAAAUGUGAACAAUAAUAAUGAAUAUUUUGUUCCUUUAGAUUUAAUUGUAGGAAAUGAAGUUUUGAUAAAUGGAUGGAAAUUUUAAUUACUAGAUUGUGAUGAAUUCACUAAAAAAUGGUAUGCUGAAAAUUUUAAAUGA